AUUCUCGUCAAGUUGUUGUCCUCAUUGGAAGUCAUUACUUUGUCUAGAGAACACAGUCCUGAUCGCUUGAGGGUAGGCGCGCAGGUUGGCCCACCGUCCCCUUUGAAAUAACUGGCAGCUAAAAGCGGUGUUCUUCAGGGUAUCGAAGCGGAUACAAUAUGGCAGAUAGCAACGGCAACUCAAAGCACGAGAACGGAGAGACGAAAAUAAAGGCAAAGCCACGUAUUGAGAGAAACAGAGUGCUGGUGACUGGAGGAGCUGGUUUUGUCGGUUCCCAUCUUUGCACCUAUCUUGUGGAGAGGGGAGAUCAUGUCAUCUGCGUGGACAAUUUCUUCACUGGCAGCAAGGAGAACGUGGCACACCUGUUGGGCAAGACAAACUUCGAGUUGAUACGCCACGAUGUUGUCGAGAAAUUGCUGCUGGAGGUGGACCAGAUCUACCAUUUGGCCUGCCCAGCAUCGCCGGUGCACUACAAGUACAACCCCAUUAAGACCAUCAAGACCAGCUUCAUUGGCACCAUGAACAUGCUCGGCCUCGCCAAGCGCACUCGCGCCAGAUUCCUGCUCACCAGCACCAGUGAGGUGUAUGGUGACCCGCUGGAGCACCCUCAGACGGAGGGGUACUGGGGCAAUGUGAACUGCAUUGGAGAGCGCAGCUGCUACGACGAGGGCAAGCGCGCAGCCGAAUGCCUCACCUUCGACUACCAGCGGGAGCACAACUUGGAGGUGCGCGUGGUGCGCAUCUUCAACACGUACGGGCCCCACAUGGCGCUGGACGACGGCCGCGUGGUCAGCAACUUUGUGGCCCAGGCGCUGACGGGGCAGCCGCUCACGAUCUACGGCGACGGUCAGCAGACGCGCUCCUUCCAAUACGUCUCGGACCUGGUCGAGGGCAUGGUGCGGGUGAUGGAUGGCCCGUACACGGGCCCGUUCAACAUCGGCAACCCCACCGAGUUCACCAUGCUGGAGCUGGCCCAGGUGGUCAAGGAGGUGGUCAACCCCGACGCCCAGAUCGUGUACAAGGAGAACACCGCCGACGACCCCUCCCGCCGCAAGCCCGACAUCUCCAAGGCCAAGAAGGCGCUGGGGUGGGAGCCCAAGGUGGCGCUGCGCGAGGGGCUCAGCCGCAUGGUCAGCGACUUUGCCAAGCGCCUCGGCGUGGAAGCCCCCAAGGUUCCAGGGAGGGCCUGAAGCAAUUACCUGCACCGAGGACCCGCUGCAAUGGCUCUGUACUGGCAUCACCUUCAAUCGCUCUCAAAGAAAUUGGGGUUCUUGAUGAUCACAUGCAUGCCAUGUACUUGGAUCUUGGGUGUGACAAAAGGUUAUGGGCGCUUGAACGUAUGAAAUUGCUUCUUUCUACAAAGUAAGGAGCACUCAUCAGAACAGUCCUUGAUGGCUUGCUGCUGGUGGUUACGAGCCCCUGCAGCCAAAAGGUGAAUCUCAUCAGUUUGAAUUGAUGGUAGCAUAGUGACCUGAUCACCAAGCACAGCGUGUCUGGUGCCAUACUUGUGGGGUCUUCUGUUGUUGACAGUGUCGACUGAUGCUGCAUUCAUGUCAUGCAAACUGUGCACUACUUAGAUAUAUUUGACUUCUGGUGCGAUUUGAGAAUCCUGUAGAAUUUUCGUCAAGCAAAGCUGCCGAAUUUUAAUUACAGAGAAUCUUGUGGUCUUGAUUCCGGGGAUCGCAGCACAAUUCAUCCUACUGGGCAGAGCCUCGUUACAAUUAUGAUAUUGUUGCGUGAGGGCAGGAAAUCAAGCAUUGUAAUACAGCUCCUGCAGAGUACCUUCUUACAUUCCAUGUGGCAUCUCUAAUAGGGAUUUGAAGUCAAGAGUAUGUAUACGCUGCACACCAGAAUAUUUACCACAAAAAGAUCAGAAUAUCUUUCAUCACUUUGCAAU